AUGAUAAUUUCUCCGCUCUCAAAGACAUCAAAAGUCAUUCGAUGGUCGUGUAAGUUGGCCAGGCCUCCACCACGAAUUGGACAUUUUGGUCGCCCUUUGGUUAUCACAACGUCAUCCGAUAACAUUGAAGACAUCACUAUAAGAAGAAGGCGUCGAGAAAUCAACGAAGACAUACUCGAUGAAGAAGCCGCUAAUGAGAUAUUCGGUAGUGAAAGAAGAAAAGCACCACAAUAUCAACAUAUUGGUCCACCAGCACCCCCUGAUCCGUCCUUCUAUAGAAAACAAAUGUUAGUGUUGGCAACAAAACAAGCGUUCGAAACCCAAUCAGGACCAGCUCUAUUCGAAAGAGGAAGUCGUGCACUGCCUCCAACAACGAAUGUCGUUCCGUAUGACAUUAGCGUUGAUCCCAACUAUCCUGUACAGGCUCCUCGUGCACGAGCAUUAGCAGAUGAAUUCACUCAAAAUCAGGUUGACGAGGAAUUUCGGACAGGUUAUCGAUGGAGAUCGAAUCCUGCACGAACCUUAACACUCUACCAAAGCACCGGAAUCAAUCAGAAUUGGCGGCGUAGCCCCAUUCGCAGCGGUCAACAGUCAUACGGAUUCUUCCCAAGCCGGUCCUAUGCCGGAUCCCAUUCUCCGUACGGUAUAGCACAGUGCAGCACUGCUUCACCCGAUCCGAAAACUCGAGAAAAAUAA